AUGAAUCCCUUCAACGCAUCCACCACACACUGCUGCUACAUCCUUCUUUUGGUCGUCAUCACUCGCGUACAAGCGUCACACAAAGCCAAAAAACUCUACUCGAAACUAUUCGAAUCUCGGGACGGCAGCAGGUACAACAAGUACAUCCGGCCCGUCGAACGUGAAAGUGACGUCAUAGAUGUCUACAUCGGGUUAAAAUUGUCACAGCUGAUUGAUGUGGACGAGAAAAAUCAAUACAUGACAACGAACGUUUGGAUGUUGUACGAGUGGGUCGAUCCCACUUUAAAAUGGGAUCCCGCCAAUUACGACGGAGUCCUAUCACUUUACGUUCCCGCAGUUUCAAUUUGGCAUCCGGACAUCAUACUCUAUAAUACAGCAGAUGGUACGUACGAGCCGACAAAUGGUACGAACGCCAUUCUCUGGUUCAACGGUACGAUAAUGUGGUCACCCCCGGCCUCGUUCAAGGUUGGAUGCACCCUGGACGUGACCUACUUCCCUUUCGACCAGCAGGAUUGCGGUUUUCAAUUUGCGUCAUGGACCUAUAACCGACAUGAGGUUGGUGUGUGGCGUGUUUUGGUGUGUCACGACUCCCAGGAUUACGACGAUUACGUGCAGGACGGCAUCGACCUCAGCGAAUUCUACCAAAAUGUUGAAUGGGACCUGAUGGCCAUCCCUGCCCAGAAGACCCUGAUACACUAUGCCGGGUCGAGAGAGGAGUUCACCAUGUGGACAUUUAACAUGCAGCUGAGAAGGAAGUUUCUUUUCUACACCGUCAAUUUACUGAUACCUCUAAUAUCACAUGCUCUCAUCACGGUUCUCGUUUUUUAUAUCCCAGCCGCCAGUACGGAAAAAAUGGCGCUGAGUAUAAAUAUAUUACUCUCGCUGACUGUGUUUUUUCUUAUGCUGGCGGAAAUAGUCCCAGUGACGUCACUAGUCGUGCCUCUACUCGGAAAGUACUUGGUGUUUACUCUGCUGCUUGUUGUGUCCAGUAUUGCUGUUACCAUCAUCACUUAUCAGCUGCAUUUUCGGUCAGCUUCUACUCAUUCCAUGCAUGAUUGGACCAGAAAGAUCUUUCUCUACUGGAUGCCAAAAUUCUUAAUGAUGGAACGACCGAAGGUAGAGAACAGCCAGGAUGUCUAUCUGAAGUACAUCAAGAUCAACAUCUGCAACUGCCUCAGGAAUCAGACGGAAAACAUGGAGCCACACACACAUCGAAGUAGCAACAGUGGUAGCGGCACACACAGCAGCACACGCCGACCAAAGACGCAGAUGGUUCUCAUGAACUUGACAAGGGAAUUGGAUGAGGACACAAAGGCCAUCAAAAAACUGGACCUCUCCAUUGAGGUUCAACGGGCUAUCCAGGGGGCACUUUACAUAAGCAACCAUCUCAAGAAAGAAGAUCAAUGUCUUAGGACGAAAGAAGACUGGAAGUACGUGGCUCUUGUUGUAGACAGAAUACUGCUGUGGGCCUAUGCAUUUGCAUGUGGGAUUGGUUCCAUUGCCAUCAUCUGCCAAGCUCCCAUGCUCUUUGAUUAUAGAGAACCUGUUUUAGCCGGCAAACACUGA